CAACAACCUCUCUUCUUCUCCAACUUCGACAGCACCUACAUCUCCUCUAUCCCGGUCGCGAAUUAACGCGCCGCUUUGGGAUAUAUCGCUUACCACCACGAUUAUUCUAGCGGUCACUCGACGCAACUGCGCCGCGGUCUUCCAAAAUGAGCAAUCCCCAGGCUCAAGGCUCCCAAGGGCCUCCCCAACAAGCACCACAGAUGCUCAAGGCUGAAGAUAUAGUAAAGCUUCACAGCUUGAAUGCGGAUCAGAAGCAGAAGUAUAGGCCAGCGAUGGAAAAUUUCUGGAAUAUCUACAACACAAAAGCAGUUGGUAGCCCAGAGCACAACCAGGCAAAGGCAAAGUUAGCGGAAUGGUCCAGCAAACUCAUUAGCCAAGAACGAGCAUAUCGACUCAAAAUGAAGCAACAGCAGGCUGCGCAGCAGCAGCAACAGCAGCAGCAGCAGGGUCAAAAUCAACAGACUCAGCAAUCCCCACAACCAGGCAAUGAGCAACAACAGCAGCAGCAAGCCCAGCAGACACCGCAACCACAACCGCAAGCGCAACAGCAGCAGACUCAACCGCAAGCGCAGCAGCAACAGCAACCAACACAGCAGCCACAAUCAGCACAGGCAACGGCUCAGCAGCAACAGCAGGAUGGUGCAAAUCAGGCGGCACCCUCGCAACCCCCUCAGCAGGGUAAUGCAGCUCGUCCCCAAGCAGCGCAGCAAAACUCAAAUCAGCCACCGCCCGAGAUCAUGAAGCACGUCUUAAGCUUUCCCGUUCGUCUUCCACCGGAUGGAGGUAUACAAGAAGGCACGCCUGAGGGAGAUGCAAAAGUCAAAGAGCUUCGGAGUUCCUAUACAUUGGCGUUGAUGAGGCAGAAGAAAGCGCAAGAGCGGUUGGCUCUGUUCAACAAUAUGAUGGAGAACAGGGAAAAGGCGGGACAGCCACUGGGACCGGACGUCCUCAAUCAGAAGCAAGUAAUGCUCAAUGAAUAUUCCGGAGCGAAGAAGUUCGUCGAUGAUUUCAGGACGAAACAGGCGCAAUGGAAGGCAGAGCAUGAGCGGCGAAAUUCUCAGGCUGGAGGCCAGGCUCAGCACCCACAAGGUCAAGGCGCGCAACCUCAACAAGCUCAGACCCAACAAUCGCCUCAAGCCGCGCAACAGUCGCAGCCACAACAAGCGCAGGGACAAGUGCAGGGACAAGGCCAACAGCAGCAACAAUCACAACCGCAACAGCAGCCUGUUGUGAAGCAAGAAACACAACCACAGAUCAAGAUUGAGGGUGGACAGCAACCACAACAAUUUCCCAACGUGCCUAUUGGGCAGCAACAGAAUCAACAGAUGCCACCAGGCAUGCAGCAACCGCGACCGCCGCCUGCUGUUCAUUCGCAGUCGAUGCCGCAUCCAAACCAAGCCCAAUUCGGCCAAAACCCUCAACAGCAACAACAGCAGAUGCAACGCCCGCAAAUUAACCCACUCGCAGCAAAUGCCCACGCCCAGCAGCACCAUCAACAAUCGCCACAUCCUCAGUCCGCCACCUCUGCCGGGCCUCCGGUACCCCUCACUCACCAGGCAGCAGUAAGCGCGGCGCAAAGAUCGUACUCGCAACCCGAUCAGAGGACAGGCACUCCUAUGCAAGGAGGCCCGGGCAGUUUCCAAGCUCCUGGAAGCCGUGAGCGUGAACAAUUGAAUAACCCUAAACUUCCGAUUCCACGAUCACUAAACGUUACUCAACCUGUACCUGUAGGAAUGGGUCAAGCGCGUCCGACAAUGAGCGGCCCGGCGAACGGCGCACCUGGAUCCAUGGGCCAACCAGUCAUCAAUAAGUUCCCUCCAUUUCAACUUGAGGGCGAGGGCGACCGGGUGCUCAGCAAACGCAAGCUCGACGAACUUGUUCGGCAGGUCACGGGUGGUGCAGAGGACGCGCUUACUCCAGAGGUUGAGGAGACAAUGCUCGCACUCGCAGACGAAUUCGUUGACAACGUCAUUGGCUCAGCGUGCAAGCUUGCUAAGCUCCGUGAAUCACCUCAACUGGAGAUUCGCGACCUGCAGCUAAUCUUGGAACGCAACUACAACAUCCGCAUUCCAGGUUACGCCUCUGACGAGGUUCGCACCGUCCGCAAGGUCGUACCUGCCCCUGGAUGGACACAGAAGAUGAAUGCAGUGCAAGCUGCAAAGGUGAUGAACUCAGGAAAGACAGACAUCUGAGUGGCUCGUAUGAUACCCCGUUCAAGUAGCAAUUUUGGAGGAUCGAUUUCUGGCGUUUGGCACCUCAAGAGGUUAUGGUGCGGGUGUGGACCUUAUCUAUAAAUGAAGGAACACGAUUGCAUUGGGAAGCAAAUGGCGCAUAUCUGACAAUGGCUGGAAGGCUGGUGAAGAUGUCAAUUCCACAAGUCAGAUGAAGAUGUCAAAUAUGCAUCUUAGCUGAUCAGGGAAGCUUAAUUAAUAUCAUAUUCAUCCAAAUCACAUGUGACCGUCUAUAAUUGAUAUCAUUACCAC